AUGAUUCCCUUCCUCCUCCUCCUCCUCGCCAUCGCCGUCCACCCCUCCGCUGCCCUUCCAUUCCCACCGCCGCCUCCAAACCUCCUCCUCCCAUCCUCCGACGCCGUCGCCCUCCUGUCCUUCAAAUCCCAAGCCGACCUCAACAACAAGCUCCUCUACACCCUCAACGAGCGCUUCGACUACUGCCAAUGGCAGGGCGUCAAGUGCUCCCAGGGCCGCGUCGUCCGCUUCGUCCUCCAGUUCUCCCUCCGUGGCUCCUUCCCUCCCGACACCCUCUCCCGCCUCGACCAGCUCCGCGUCCUCAGCCUCCACAACAACUCCCUCUCCGGCCCCAUCCCCGACCUCUCCCCUCUCCAGAACCUCAAGUCCCUCUUCCUCAACCGCAACUCCUUCUCCGGCUCCUUCCCCCCCUCCAUCCUCGCCCUCCACCGCCUCACCGUCCUCGAUCUCUCCUUCAACGACUUCUUCGGUCCCAUUCCUGACAACCUCUCUGGCCUGGACCGGCUCACCUCGCUCCAGCUCCAGUCGAACCGCUUCAACGGCUCCCUCCCGGGUCUGAACCAGUCCUUCCUUUUAAUCUUCAACGUCUCCUUGAACAACCUGACCGGCCCGGUUCCCCCUUCCCUGUCCCGGUUCGACGCGUCGUCGUUUCAGCUCAACCCGGGGCUCUGCGGCGAGAUUGUGAACCGGGCGUGCAGCUCGCACGCCCCAUUCUUCGAAUCUCGCAAUGCCAGUUCAACCUCUCCGGCGUCGGAGCCGCUGGGGGAGAGCACUGCAGAGUCUCAGGGAGUUGUUCUGUCUCCGCCUUCUCCGAAAAACCACAAGAAAACCGGCGUCAUUCUCGGCGUCGCAAUCGGGGUUUCUCUCCUCGUCGCCGCCGUCUUAUGCCUCUUUGCGGUGGCUCGAAACCAUAACAAAACCAUCACUUACACAGACACAAAACCGUCGCCAUACCUCACCAGCCAAUCGCAUUCACUCUAAUCCAAACAAUUUCAGAACCAUCGAAGCACAGAUCCCAGAACAGAGGGAGGUGGUGCAGUUUUCGACAGGGUAAAGACGGUUGAACAAGCAGCUCCUCCUAGAGCGAUUCCGAGGAGCGGGAACUUGAUUUUUUGCUACGGGGAGGCUCAGCUGUACAGUCUGGAGCAGCUGAUGAGAGCCUCGGCGGAGUUGCUCGGUAGGGGUAGCAUUGGGACUACGUACAAGGCGGUGCUGGACAACCAGCUGAUUGUGACGGUGAAGAGAUUGGACGCCGGCAAGACGGCGAUUACAAGCGGAGAAGCGUUUGAGGAGCAUAUGGACGUUAUGGGCGGGUUGCGGCAUCCGUAUCUGGUUCCGGUGAGGGCUUAUUUUCAGGCAAAGGGAGAACGGCUGGUGAUCUAUGAUUACCAACCCAACGGCAGUCUAUUCAAUCUCAUUCACGGUUCGAAAUCAACUAGAGCAAGACCUCUGCAUUGGACAUCAUGCUUGAAGAUAGCUGAAGAUGUAGCUCAAGGCCUUGCUUAUAUUCACCAAUCGUCGUCCCUAAUCCAUGGCAAUCUCAAGUCCUCCAAUGUUCUCCUUGGAGGCGACUUCGAGGCCUGUCUCACGGACUACGGCCUUGCCUUCUUUGCGGACACUUCUGCAAAUGAAGAUCCUGAUUCCGCAGGCUAUAAAGCCCCCGAGAUUCGCAAGUCCAGUAGGCGAGCCACGUCCAAAUCCGAUGUCUAUGCCUUUGGCAUCUUAUUGCUUGAGCUCUUGACGGGUAAACAUCCGUCCCAACAUCCGCUUCUCAUGCCCACGGACGUGCCUGAUUGGGUCAGAGUAAUGAGGGAUGACGAUGUUGGGGAUGACAAUCAACUGGGAAUGCUCACCGAGGUCGCUUGUAUUUGUAGUUUGACGUCCCCGGAACAGAGGCCGGCAAUGUGGCAAGUGUUGAAGAUGAUACAGGAGAUUAAAGAGAGUGUGAUGACUGAUGAUAACGCAGACGUCGGAUUUUCGAAGUAGUAGAGUCUGGAGACUACAAUUUUGGGUUCAAAGAAGUAAAUCAAGGGAGGAGGUUGAAACAAUUCUAAUCAAGGGUAUGAGGUUGAAGAACGGAUUUAUAGGGCAAAGCUUGAGGAAUUCUUGUAAUUGCAUCCACACGAGCGCAAUCUGGUAAUGGAAGAUAUAUAAUGAUGAUUUUAAGCAUUCUUUCUUUCUUGUUUUGCCAGAGUUUUUGGUACAAUGAUGGCAAGGUGGUGAUAAGUUUGGAAUAUUGUCACCUUGACCUGUUGCAUGUGAAUUUCUUUCGGAA